AGGAGCGCAGCGUCUGACCGUUGGUGAGCAGCCAGGAAGAGGAGCGGGAUGUCGGACAACGAGGACAAUUUUGAUGGAGAUGACUUUGAUGACGUGGAAGAAGACGAAGGACUGGAUGAUCUGGAAAAUGCCGAGGAGGAAGGUCAGGAAAAUGUGGAAAUCCUACCAUCUGGAGAGCGACAGCAGGCAAACCAGAAGAGGAUCACUACUCCGUACAUGACCAAAUAUGAGAGAGCCAGAGUUCUUGGUACCCGUGCCCUCCAGAUAGCCAUGUGUGCACCAGUGAUGGUAGAGCUGGAGGGAGAGACAGACCCCUUGCUGAUUGCAAUGAAAGAGCUCAAAGCACGGAAAAUUCCCAUAAUUAUCCGCAGAUACCUGCCAGAUGGAAGCUAUGAAGACUGGGGUGUAGAUGAACUAAUUAUCACAGAUUGAUCUGCUUCUUUUCUGUGUUCCAACCUCACUUUUACUGCAUAUUUUUUAAAUUUUAUUUUUGUGUAAAUAAAUACUAAAAUCCAAUUGUAAGUUG